AUGGACAUCACACUUAUGAGUCUACGUACCCUAGGGCGACGCAUAGCAAAUUACUACGAAAAACAAGUGACGACAAUUAAAUCUGAACUAAGUGAAGUGGAGUACGUAUGCACAGCAUUGGACAUUUGGUCUAUGAUCGACAACGGCAGCACUUUUGUAAAAGCAUUUCAAAUAUUUGGUGUGAAAUUAUCCAACAUUGAACUUGUGGACAUAGAUAAACAAUUUCAAGGUUCUCAGUCUCUUGAAGAUAACUCUGAGUCAGAUGAUGAAGAGACUGAGCUAAUGAAUCCCGAAAGUUUGCAUUUGCUACCUGUGCAUUUGAGAUGCUGUGCACACACAUUGAGCCUUUGUUCAACAACAGACGCAAAUAAAAUUUUAAGCGCUCAGAAUACUACAUUGUCGGAUAUGCAUGCUGCAGUCAUGAAGAAAUGCAAUGUUCUAUGGAAGGCUGCAGCACGUCCAAAAAGUGUGGCAAUCAUUCAAGAUGUAUUGCAACACACAUUAAGCCGGCCUGGCGAAACUAGAUGUAACAGCUUAUUUGACUCUCUGAAGCAAAUACAGAGCAUUAAAGAAAAAAGCUUACUUCUUCAUAGAUUUUUGAACAUUAAAAACGUAAUCAAAGAAAAUGAAUUUGAAUACAUAAAAGAAUAUCUCAUCUGUGCUGUACCUGUAGCAGGAGCCCUCGAUAUAAUGCAGAGCGAGACAAUCACAUAUCGUCGGCAUCAGUGCAGGACCUUUUAA